UAUUUAUUUGAUUAGUAAAGAUAAGACUUCAACCAUGAUUUGUUUGUUUCCUUCUAGUCGUAUAGUAUGUCUUUUAUGUUGGCUGUUUCUGAUCCUGGCCCUCGUCCUUGGCUACAUCUGGUGGAAGCCAACGAAAGGAGGAACCAAUGCAGACGUCCUGCCGGUCGUUCUCUGGCACGGAAUGGGCGACACCUGCUGCGUGCCCUUCAGCCUGGGUUCCAUUAUGAGCCUGAUUGUGGAGCAGACAAAGGGCGGCUAUGUGCGAUCCCUGGAGAUCGGCGGCAAUGUUGUGCUGGACUGGGAGAGCGGCUUCUUCAUACAUCCCAACGAGCAGGUGGAAUACGUUUGCCAACAACUGCAGCUGGAUGAGCGCCUGGCCAAGGGAUACAACGCAAUCGGAUUCUCGCAGGGCGGCCAGUUCCUGCGCGCGGUGGCCCAACGAUGUCCGAAUCCGCCGAUGAGAACCCUCAUCACCCUCGGCGGGCAGCACCAGGGCAUCUUCGGGCUGCCCAUGUGCCCCACCCUGACCAUACGCUCCUGUGACUACAUAACCAGGCUGCUGGACGAUGCCGCCUACACACCUGAAGUCCAGAGUAAGUUGGUUCAGGCCACCUACUGGCACGAUCCGAUCAUGGAGAACAAAUACCGCCUGGGCAGCACAUUUCUGGCGGACAUUAACAAUGAGCUCAUCAUCAACGAGUUCUACAUUGAGAACCUACGCAAGCUGAAGAAAUUUGUGAUGGUGCAGUUCCUGAACGACACGAUUGUGCAGCCGAAGGAAUCCCAGUGGUUUCAAUACUACACCAGCGGGCAGAACAAAGUCAUCCAGCCCUUUACUGAAAGCAAAGUCUAUGAGGAUUUGGGAUUGAACAAGAUGCAUCGACAAGGAAAACUUGUCUUUCUCGGCGUCGAAGGUGAUCACUUGGCCAUAUCCAAAGCCUGGUUUAUCCAAAACAUAGUUCCUCUUUUACUCGAAAAGUGAGAUGGUACCCAACAAGAACGUAUUGUGACAAAAUAUAGCUUAAAGCCAAGAUCCAGGUUAAACACAUAAUAUAAUGACUUUUUGAUACUUUUAUACAUGUUUAAUUAGAUGUUUAAUAAAUUCAGUUUUGACAUACAAAA